AUGGGGAAGCAAACUAGGCUCUUUUUCCCGGAAUCCGACUUGGUGAGCACGGAGCCUCUUGAGCUAGUGCAUAUGGACGCAUGCGGGCCAAUGCCGGUAGCCUCGGUAGGGAGAAGCUGGUACUUUGCCACGUUCUUGGACGACUACAACAAACUCUCGGUCGUAGUUCCUUUAAAGCAGAAAAGCGAGGUGGCCAGAAUCACAGAGCACGUGAUCAAACGGUUGGAGUUGCAAUUAGGGAAGCAGCUCAAGUCGGUGCGAACGGACCGGGGCAAGGAGUACGUCAACAAGGCCCUUGAAGACGUUUUCGGGGGCAAGGGGACGGUCCACGAGAAAACCGCCCCGUAUAGCGCCGAGCAGAAUGGGUCGGCGGAACGGCUUAACCGGGAUUUUAAGGAGAAGACCCGGGCAAUGCUUGAGGACUCGGGGUUCGCCAAAGAGUUGUGGGCGGAAGCCGUGGUGACGGCCAACUACACCCGGAAUCGGACGCCCGUGAGCGCCCAUGGGAGGACUCCCUGGGAAGUUUUCUUCGGUGAAAAGCCGACUGUCGGGCAUAUGAGGGUUUUAGGGGCCUGGGCGUUCCGCCACGUCCCCAAGCAGCGGAGGCGUAAGCUAGAUCCGAGGUACUCCGCGCGCGAGAGAUGCGCACCGGGAGAGUGGUACCGCGCUAACUUAGCGGCGGAACCGAAGGCGGGGGAGCACCUCAAAGGGACGGGGGAGCACGAAGAACCGCGAAAUUAUCAGGAAGCCGUAAGGGGAGAAGAGGGUGAACUAUGGCGGAAGUCAAUGGACGAGGAGAUGCGGUCUUUGUUGGAGAAUGGGACCUGGGAGCUCGCCGGAAAAACCGGAAGGGGGGAGCUGGAGGAGGAGAUCUACUGUCAGCAGCCGAAGGGAUACGAGCAAGGCGGGCCCAACAUGGUUUGCCACCUCAAGCGCACCUUGUACGGGUUGCGCCAGGCGCCGCGUGCAUGGCACAUGCGCCUGAAGGAGGAGCUCGGGAACUUUGAGUUUGUGGCGUCAAUGGCGGACGCGGCGCUCUUCACGGGAAAAGUAGCCGGGGAGCGGGUCUACAUAGUGGUGUGGGUGGACGACAUCCUAGUGGCAGCCCGGGGAGCGGAGCGCAUUGCCAAAGCGAAGGCGCAUUUGGGGGAGAAGUUCGACGUGCGCGACUUGGGGGAGGCGAAAUACUUCCUCGGCAUGGAGCUGACGCGCGAUAGGGAGGCGCGCACCCUGAAGCUAAUUCAAAAGAAGCUGACGGGGGAGCUUGUCGGAUUGUACGGACUAGCGAGCGCUCGGGCGCGCUCGGUCCCUCUCGCAACGGGGGACAGAUUAACCAAAGAAGGUGAACCCCUCGUGUAA